UCUCACUCCAAGCAGGAAACAGGUUAAACUUGCAUGCAUACUAACUGAGUGCUCAGAAGCAGAAAGCUGUGUUCUCUGUAAAUGGCUUUAUAUUUAUCUGGAAUAUGACUCAUACCAAUAAAAUAUAUGGAGGUAUUGAUGUAGUCAGAUGUCGAAUCUUGUGCUGAUUUACUGCUACUACAAACCCUACUGCACAAUGUCAUAUGUGAGGAAUGGUAUUCAAAGAGGUACUGCAACCUUUACUAAGCAAGUGGAAUGCUUACAAGUACCGAUUUGUACCCUGGAUAGCUGUCAAUGUGGGCAAAAACCAGAGGACUCUUCGCUUUGUUCCAGAAGAAGCUCAAGACAAAAUUAUAUCUGAUGAUGAAGUCUUGAAUUCUUUGCAUAGAUUAUUUCGUGGCCUGUUUAUAAGGGAUUUAGAAAGACAAAAUGAUGUCUUCAGACUACUUCCUGAACCUAUUAAGUCUGAUUAUAGAGAGUCUGCCUCUUUUACCAAAAAGAAUUUGUUGCUUCAUGGAGCACACUGUGAGUGGGAAAAUGAAGUUGAGUACAAAUGUUCUUUUAAUCCAAAAGGAGCCAUGUUUGAAGAGCUUGGAUUUGCAAUUGGUCGUGCACCAAGUUCAUUGAAGUCUGCUGGAACUGGAGUCUUUAUUAUCAAAGGAUCUGUCCAGAAAGGAGCAGUUGUUUCCAUGUAUCCUGGUACUGUGUAUCAGCAGCAUGAACCAGUUUUGUUCCAGUCAAUUGGAAAUCCAUUUAUUUUCCGAUGUAUAGAUGGUGUGUUGAUAGAUGGAAAUGACAGAGGAGUAUCCAAAAUUAUUUACAGAUCUUGCAGUGGAAGGGACAGACUAGGACCUUGUAAAUUAAGUGAUGACACUUGGUUGAGCCCUUUUCCUGUGAACCCACUCGCCGUAGGUCAAUAUGUUAACAACUGCUCAAAUGAAAGAGAAGCAAAUGUCUGUUACCAAGAAUUCGAUGUACCUGCACAUUUUCCACUCCAUUUUCGACAAUAUCUUCCAAAUGUCAGCUACAUGCAUGAUAUCGAGAGAAUACACAUCCUUUUGAAAUCUGUAAUAAACUACAUCCUACCAUACUUCCACUGUCAAGAUUUUAUCCAGUGAGGAAUGGUUUGGUCUCUGCUCAGAUCACAAACUGCAGACGUUCUUCAAAGCGAUGUCCUUGCUUUUGUCCAUUUUCCCAUCUUUGCUGACUUGUUUAAUUUACAUAUAUGCAAUUAUUUCAUAUACAAAUGCCUUUUCCUUUCUAUCUAGACUCAGCACAGAUAAUAUAAGCUGUGAAUCUAUUUAUGAAUAUGACACCAUUUAGAAUUUAUUACAUUUAAAUUGGGUUUCCUUAAUUAUCAAAAUAACUUUUAACUUUACAGGUUCCUUUUCUUCCCAUCUUGGUACAGUCUAGAAAGUGUAUAAAUUAAGUCAUGCACUCUUAAAAGUAUCUAGCUGUUUAGCUUGCUAACCCCGUUUUUUUUUUAUGCAAUGUCUAAUCUUCCUUCAGAAAAAUAGUUGUAGCCGGUGCUUUUGGCAUACAGGGAUAAAGCUCUGACUACAGCCCAGAUGACCAUAGUUUGACUAGUGGCUCAGGUGCCUGAUGGCACAAGCAGGUAAGAUGCUGAUGCCAUCUUGGGGGAGUGCUGUAUCUCACCAUGCUUAUACAAUGGUUCCUAUAACAGAAGCCUGCUGGAGAGUGGAAGUUCAUCAUACGGGGGGGGGGGGG